CGGGGGGGCGGUCACCCCGCCGGACCCCCCUCCCAGCGAGGGACGGAUCCACGCGGGCCGAGGGGCGGGAGGCGGCUCCGAGCGGCGGUGACAAUUAGCCUUUAAAAAUGGCUGCUUGGAAGCUGUCAGCUGGGACGCGGAGGGGCUGCUAACCCUCCUCUCGCUGCCUCCCGCCUCCCUUCCCCGCAGGGCUAAUAACGGAGCGGGGAUAAGAGCUCUCCAGCCCUUUCCCCGCCCCGCCGGAGCGCGAUGCCGUAGCGGCUCCGGGCCCGGCCGCCCUCACUUUCCCAGCUGGCUGCCUGGUGAGGGGACGGCGGCCCCCGCCUCCCGCGCUCCUCCUCGCCGCCGCUGCGUGUGUGCCGCGGGCACCGGGAUACAAAGGAGAAGGGGGAGCCGCGGGAUACAUGCUCCAGGGAGGCGUGUGCGCGGCCGUGGGGGCAUAUCUGGCGAGGAGAAAACACAAGGUCAAGAGGCAGUUCUCCUCCUCCAUGGAAGAAGACGGGAGCGAUGAGCCCUGAGGAGGACGACGAGGAGAAGGGGCGGAUGGCUACGGGCUGCCGCUGCCGGGCUUCCCCUCGGGAGUGACGGGGCGCGGAGGGCUGAAGGGGCCGGAGGAGGCAGCGCUGGGGUCGGGAGGGAGGAGAGGAAGGCGAGGAGGAAGCGGGGGGUUUGAAUCUUCCCUGGCUGGAUUAUCUCCCCUCAGGGGAAGCUGCUAUCGCCGGCCGCGCCUCGGCCCGCGGCCCCCGCGGCCAAGAUGGACCUGGGCAGCGGCGGCCGGAGAGCGGGAGCUGCCCCCGCGGGCCCGGCCGCCUGGAGACCUUUCCCCUCCGCCUGCUGCUGCUGCUUCGCCUCGCUCCUGGAUGUGAACAGCUGGCUGCUCUUCUACGGCUUCCUCUACCUGGCCCUCUAUGCCCAGGUGUCCCAGUCCAAGUCCUGCGACAAAAUCUCCUGCUUCUCGGGUCAUUGUGUCAACUCCACCUGCGUCUGCGACCAGGGCUGGGUGGGAGACCAGUGCCAACACUGCCAGGGCAGGUUCAAGUUAACAGAACCUUCUGGAUAUUUAACAGAUGGACCUAUAAAUUAUAAAUAUAAAACUAAAUGCACAUGGUUAAUUGAAGGAUACCCAAAUGCGAUACUAAGAUUAAGAUUUAAUCACUUUGCCACAGAAUGUAGCUGGGACCAUAUGUAUGUAUAUGAUGGAGAUUCAAUAUAUGCACCUUUAAUAGCUGUAUUUAGUGGUCUAAUAGUCCCUGAAGUGCGUGGAAAUGAAACUGUUCCUGAAGUGGUUACUACAUCUGGCUAUGCAUUGCUGCACUUUUUUAGUGAUGCUGCAUAUAACCUGACAGGUUUUAACAUUUUUUAUUCAAUUAACUCUUGCCCUAAUAACUGCUCAGAGCAUGGCAAGUGCACAACCAGUGUGUCUGUACCGAGCCGGGUGUACUGUGAGUGUGACAAGUACUGGAAGGGAGAGGCCUGUGACAUUCCCUACUGCAAAGCCAACUGUGGGAGUCCAGAUCACGGCUACUGUGACCUGACAGGAGAGAAGCUCUGUGUUUGCAAUGACAGCUGGCAAGGUCCAGAUUGUUCUUUGAACGUCCCCUCCACGGAGUCUUACUGGAUUCUGCCCAAUGUGAAGCCCUUCAGCCCCUCUGUGGGCCGUGCUUCCCACAAGGCUGUUCUGCAUGGGAAGUUCAUGUGGGUGAUUGGUGGAUACACCUUCAACUACAGCUCAUUCCAGAUGGUGUUGAACUACAAUUUGGAAAGCAGUAUAUGGAAUGUAGUGCCUGUAUCCAAAGGGCCACUCCAGAGAUAUGGACACACUCUUGCUUUGUAUCAGGAAGACAUCUACAUGUAUGGAGGCAAAAUUGAAACAAAUUAUGGCAAUGUCACUGAUGAACUGUGGGUUUUCAACAUACCCAGUCAAACAUGGAGUACCAGAAUUCCUGCAGUCCUUGUCCAUGGACAGCAAUAUGCUGUGGAAGGUCAUUCAGCACACAUAGUAGAGCUGGACAGCAGAGAUGUGGUUAUGAUUGUAAUUUUUGGAUAUUCUUCAAUAUAUGGUUACACAAGCAUUGUGCAAGAAUACUACAUCAGGUCUAACUCUUGGCUGGUACCAGAAACAAAAGGAGCAAUUGUUCAAGGUGGAUAUGGCCAUACCAGUGUCUAUGAUGAACUGACAAAAUCUAUUUAUGUCCAUGGUGGAUACAAAGCAUUGCCUGGCAAUAAGUAUGGACUGGUGGAUGAUCUUUACAGAUAUGAAGUUAAUACUCGGACAUGGACUAUUUUGAAAGAGAGUGGCUUUGCAAGAUACCUUCAUUCAGCUGUCCUAAUCAAUGGAGCUAUGCUCAUUUUUGGUGGAAACACUCAUAAUGAUACUUCCCUGAGCAAUGGUGCAAAGUGUUUUUCUGCUGAUUUUCUUGCAUAUGAUAUAGCUUGUGAUGAAUGGAAGGUUUUACCAAAACCUAACCUGCAUAGAGAUGUCAACAGAUUUGGUCACACUGCUGUUGUCAGUAAUGGAUCCAUGUAUAUAUUUGGGGGCUUUUCAAGUGUUCUCUUGAAUGACAUCCUUGUGUACAAACCUCCCAACUGUGAAGCAUUCAGAGAUGAAGAGCUGUGCAAAAAUGCUCGUCCAGGAAUAAGGUGCCUGUGGAACAAGAAACAUUGUGAAUCUUGGGAAUCUGCACAUGCUAAUAACAUCCUUAGAGCAAAAUGUCCCAAGAAAACAGCGGCUGCCGACGACAGAUGUUACCGCUACGCGGAUUGCGCCAGCUGCACCGCCAACACCAACGGCUGCCAGUGGUGCGACGACAAGAAGUGCAUUUCAGCAAACAGUAACUGUAGCAUGUCAGUUAAAAACUACACGAAGUGUCACGUGAGGAAUGAGCAGAUCUGCAAUAAACUGACGAGCUGCAAGAGCUGCUCCCUGCACCUGAACUGCCAGUGGGACCAGCGGCAGCAGGAGUGCCAGGCACUACCUGCUCACCUGUGUGGAGAAAGAUGGAAUCACAUUGGAGAUGCCUGCCUCCACAUCAAUUCCAGUCGGGAAAGCUACGACAAUGCCAAACUGUAUUGCUACAAUUUGAGUGGAAAUCUUGCCUCAUUAACAACCUCAAAAGAAGUGGAAUUUGUUCUGGAUGAAAUACAGAAGUACACACUUCAGAAAAUUUCACCCUGGGUGGGUUUGCGCAAGAUCAACAUCUCCUACUGGGGCUGGGAUGACAUGUCCCCUUUCACAAACACCACCCUGCAGUGGCUCCCUGGAGAGCCCAACGACUCUGGCUUCUGUGCCUACCUGGAGAGAGCAGAGGUGGCAGGGCUGAAGGCAAAUCCCUGCACUGCCAUGGCAGACGGCCUCGUGUGUGAAAAACCCGUCGUCAGUCCCAACCAGAAUGCCAGGCCCUGCAAAAAGCCGUGCUCCCUGAGGACAACCUGUUCCAACUGCACCAGCAAUGGCAUGGAAUGUAUGUGGUGCAGCAGCACCAAACGAUGUGUGGACUCCAAUGCCUACAUCAUCUCCUUCCCAUAUGGGCAGUGUCUGGAGUGGCAAACUGCCACCUGCUCCCCUCAAAACUGUUCUGGGCUGAGGACCUGUGGACAGUGUUUGGAACAGCCAGGAUGUGGAUGGUGCAACGAUCCCAGUAACACUGGCAAAGGACAGUGCUUGGAAGGCUCCUCCAGAGGCCCAAUGAGGCCUGUCAGUGUCCACUCCAAUGAAAUGGUGCUUGAUGCUACUCUUUGCCCAAAAGAAAAAAAUUAUGAGUGGUCUUUUAUCCAAUGUCCAGCUUGCCAGUGUAAUGGCCACAGCACCUGCAUCAACAGCAAUGUGUGUGACCAGUGUAAAAACCUAACAACAGGAAAGCAGUGUGAAACCUGCAUGCCAGGAUAUUAUGGAGAUCCCACAAAUGGAGGACAGUGUACAGCUUGCACAUGCAGUGGACAUGCAAAUAUCUGUCACAUGCAAACAGGAAAGUGUUUCUGCACAACAAAGGGAAUCAAAGGAGACCAAUGUCAACUCUGUGACUCUGAAAAUAGGUAUCUUGGAAAUCCACUUAGGGGAACAUGCUACUACAGCCUUUUGAUUGAUUAUCAGUUUACCUUCAGCUUAUUACAAGAGGACGAUCGUCAUCACACUGCCAUAAACUUUAUAGCAAAUCCAGAACAGUCUAAUAAAAAUUUGGAUAUAUCAAUUAAUGCAUCAAACAACUUUAACCUCAAUAUUACGUGGUCUGUUGGCUCUACAGCUGGAACAAUAUCUGGAGAAGAGAUUCCUGUUGUUUCCAAGGUUAAUAUUAAGGAAUAUAGAGACAGCUUCUCCUGUGAAAAAUUUAACUUUCGAAGCAACCCAAACAUCACUUUCUAUGUCUAUGUCAGCAAUUUUUCCUGGCCAAUCAAAAUACAGAUUGCCUUCUCACAGCACAAUACUAUCAUGGAUCUGGUGCAGUUCUUUGUCACCUUCUUCAGUUGUUUCUUAUCCUUACUGCUGGUAGCUGCUGUCGUUUGGAAAAUCAAACAAACCUGUUGGGCUUCUCGCCGGAGAGAGCAACUUAUGCGGGAGCGACAGCAGAUGGCCAGCCGCCCCUUUGCUUCUGUCGAUGUAGCACUGGAAGUAGGAGCUGAGCAAACAGACUUUCUACGAGGGCCAUUAGAGGGUGCUCCUAAGCCGAUUGCCAUCGAGCCGUGCUCAGGAAACAGAGCCGCCGUCCUGACGGUGUUUUUGUGUCUGCCCAGGGGAGCGUCAGGAGUUCCUCCACCCGGGCAGUCAGGUCUUGCAAUUGCAAGUGCUCUGAUAGACAUUUCACAACAGAAGCCUGCGGACUGUAAAGACAAGAGUUCAGGAGUCAGAAAUCGAAAACAUCACCUUUCAACACGUCAAGGAACUUGUGUCUGAGAGUCAAGAACUACAAUUGUAUAUUCUGUAAUGUUUUCUUUUUAAAUGGCUUCCAUUGAAAGCUAAACUACAGCCUCAGUUUUUAUGGAGGCAAAUCUAUGAAUGAACACAUGAGGUCCUGUGCUCUGUUGUAGUCACACAGCCUGCUAUCCCCCAAAGCAGAACAAACUUCUGGUAGGUAUGGGUAUGCCUGAAGAGCUUUAAUAAAAAGAGUGGAUUCUGGUAUCAACAAAAUACAAGAUAAAAUACCGAGUAUUCUUAAUCCUGAACAUAUUAGAGCAGGGAAAAUCCUUGGACAGAACUAGGAAAAACUUUACUUUUUUUUUUUUUGUAAUGUAGAAGCAAUUGGUAUCAUUGAAAACUGAGCAAAUUCCAAGAAACUAAAGGAAAUUUUUGUAUAGCUUAACAUAACAAUGGGAAUUGUACAGUUUUUCCCUUGUAAUUGGCACUAAGAUUUCUUUCCAGCAAGCAGAAACUAAAGAGAAUAAUUUGGAUUUAGGUGGUUUUUUUAUCAUUGCCCAGAAGAGGUAGUCAUCUUUUGAAUUCAGCAAAGGUGUAUCCCAAAAACACCACAUGUAAUAUUUGAAAGAUAAUUCUAUUAAAUACUAAGGCUUGAGAAUUUAAUGAUUAUUUUUCUUCACACUGAAAAAAACUCAUAAAUAUAAUUUGGGCUGCAGAAGAGUGAUGGGUGGGCUUUCUUUUCUGUAUCUCAGAGUUUGUCCUGAGUUAGGGAUAUUUACAGAGAGGGUCCUCCAUGCCAGCUAAAUGAUCAGCAAAAUCAAUUGAGCAUGGAAAAGCUGCUUUACAGUAUUUUUUCCCAAGAGAGUCUCCAAGACUGCAGAUCUAAGGAGAGUUGAACGUGCUGUUAUUCAACCUGCUCCCGUUUCAAUAUUGAAAUUUUCUAGUAUCUAUAUAUUGUCCUGAGCUGUAAGCAGAAGAAAUUAAUUCCAGUCAGCACUUUGGCUCUUGUUUUUAUAAUAAAGUAUGGAUAUUUUUUUCCUCACAACUGCAGAAUUUCAUUGUCACUUUAGCACCUGUUAAGGAAUUACCCUAUAUAAAUAAAUAAAAAUGUUUAAAAAUCCAAUUUGCUUCCAACAUUAGUUGUCAAAUCCCACAACCAGUAUGGAACCUCACACAAUCAGUACUCAACAAAAAAAUGCAAUGAAAGAAUUUCCUUUGUGAAGGACUUUAGUCUUUUGGGGGCUCAGUAACCACAACAGAUAACCUGGCAACCAGAUUUAAUGGCCUUCAGUCUUUUUAUUUACAAAAAUUCAUGAACAUAGAAGAGACUAAGAGAAUGCUGAGGGGCAGGUAGCAGAUGUGUCAUAUUCUCAUUUAUGCAUUGCACACUGACAGAGUGUAAUAUGAAACCAGUAGUUUUGUACAAGCUUGUUGAAAGUAUAGUUUCUCAACUCCAAAUUUGCCACCAUCCUAGUACAGGAGAGUGAUACAGAGGUCUAAAUGUCUCAUGUAAUGAUAGACUUUUGGUAAAUAUGAAAGAUAUAAAAAGAUAAUUGAUGUUUACUACUAUAUCUGUAUUUUUUAUGUUCUUUUUAUUUCAGAAAGAUGAUGACAUUUUACUGUUUAUAGUUGACUACAUAGUUACUUGCAUGCCAUGGUGGUGCAGUAGCAGUAAUAAAGCCCUGUUGUGAGUUGUGUUUAUUUCCUAAAGCCAUUCAUACAUAGAAGUACUCAGCUUAAUUUGGAUGAGGACUAAAUGUAAAAAUAAUUAUUAAAAAGGAAGAAUUGUACAGUAUGUAGUUAUAUCUUAUACAGGAGUAUUAGGUUGCAUCUAACCAUGACUGCUCUAUUGUUUUGAUAAAUUAUGCACUUAUGAAUUAUGGUAUAAUUAUUUCUUAUACUGGCAUGAUUGUUUCAGUAUUUUCAUAUCUUAAAAUAAGAUUAUUAUCUUAAGAUAAUGCCAUCACAAUCUUGUGACUUUUAUUGCCUAUUCUGACCUCAUAUAACUUAAAACUUUAAAAAUUCAUUUUUAAAGGUUCUGUUGGGAACUUUGAACCAGUGCUACUUAGCCUAGUGAAAAAAUUGUCCUUUGAAAACAACCCUUUCUGCCAGUUUUAAAGUUAAUCUGUUCAAGUGAAUAUAAACUGAUGGGACUGGUUUAUGUGAUGCAUACACUUAGGAAAAAGAAAGAGCCACUUGUCUGGAAUAUAUUCCAAAGUCUCAACCUAAGCAUUUCACAUAAGAAAUAUACAGCGUGUGUUUUGUGAAUGUACUGGAAACCACAUCCACAGAAAGAGCAUCCAGUCCUGUAGGAGAGUUUUAUCUUCACUCACUCAUACAGAAUUACUCUGUAUCUCAACCAGAGUUUGAAAAAUACUUGAAAAUCAGGUAUGAGUUUUAAAGGGAUUAAAAUAUUUUAUUGCAACACUGAAGAUAGGCCAAGAGUGAUCAGCCAUUUUACUGUUUUCAGGUAAAAAAUGUUACUUUACUGUACAAGAAAAGCAUGUUUGUCAUGGGAUCAUUCAGCAUUUUCCUUCAUUCUGAGAAAUUUUUUUUCUGAAGUUAUCUUUCUUCUCCCAGGAUCCCUGAUUGCAUGCAAAUUAGUAAAUUCAUUUAAUAAUGAAGUACAUAAAAAUACUUAUAUAAUGGCCACACAUAAAAACAAGGAGUUUGCAAACACAUCUUAUACCAAAGCUUUCUUUUUGGAAGGUAUAAAUAGCAUAAAUGUCUGAUAACUACAUUUUGUUAGUUGUUGACAAGUGCAAACUUUCUGGUAACGACCACUGUACAUCAGAUGAGAUGUUUUAUGAACAGUCCCACUACGAUUGUGUCAAGAAAAGGCCAUAUUCUUUUUUAAACUCUGUUCUCCAAUUUAACUUUGGAAGCCUUUCUUAGAGUCAGAAAAUGUUGAAUGGCCUGUUUUACUCUUAAUGUGAUUUAUAUUGGAUGAAAAAUAAACGAGUGAGUGCUGUUCUGGUAAGUAAAGCCCCAGUGAAGUUCUGAUUGUCAGGAUUCAACCUCCUCCUCCUGAGUCCGUGGAUUCUGUUGAGGGAAAUCCAGCAGCUAAAAUUACUGUUCUAAAUAUGAGAUAGCCUGUCCAUGGUAACAUGGGCUUAGUACUCCAUUUCCUCUUUGUAUUUCUAUAUUUAUAUAAAAUUCUGAAAAUACUUAAAUCGAAUUUGCACACUUCAGAAUAUUUGCUCCCAUUCAUUACAUUCCUAUGAAAUGUGAUGAAAUGUUUGUUCAACUGUACAAAAAUUAAAAAAGGUUAUCGGUAUGUUACCACUAUUAAAAUUAUUUAAUAAAAAAGGUCAAAUUCUUGACACAUUAAGCUAUGAAUAUACCAUUAAGAAACAUUCAAAUUCAUCUGAUUUGAGGAUUUUCAUAGCUGACUGCUCUUUUUAUACAUAGACUUUCCUCUCAUCUUCCAAAUGGAAAACAUUUUGACAAGUUCGGAUUGGAACGUGGAAUUUGUUAUGUGUAAAAUCUGCAGCAAUAAUUAUUUUCUAAAUAAUUUAAUGUAGAGGUUGGAAUCCUGAUAGUAAGAAUUUUAGUUUGGGAUCACUUUAACAGAUGUUCGAUCUUCAUGCAUAAUAACUUUCCUAGUAUUAAUAUAAAUUAUAAAACCAUUAUGUACCUAAUUUCAUUACCAGUUUUUUAAAAAGCAUCUGAAAGAUUUCUUGACAAUAAAGAAAAAUUCUCUGUUAAAGGUAACUUACAAUCCCUCUUUUUUAUAAGCAAAGUUGUCCUGUUCAGAAUGUUUGAUGUUACUGGGGAAAAUUAAAUAAAUUAACUAUUUUUUCCACUCUC